AAACCAAGUUGCUUGUCAUGUGUUCCUAGCAAGCAACCAUAAAUAAGCCCCAAAACCGCAACACGCCUCCCGAUUUGUUCACGCAUCUUUACAAAAAAGAAAAAAAAUAGAAGAAAGCCAAAGUUCGUAUUAUAUGCAGACUUGGCAACUCUGGUGGGUACACACCACACACUGAAGUUGUCAUGUGACUCCUAUCUCCUUAUCCCUGAUUGGUGGACCUGGGGGUGUUACAACUCCUCUACAUUAAGUGAUGACUGCGCACUCCGAUGCGCUCGCGCAGCUCACCCUGCCGACACCUUUAGAAAAACCAUUGUUUGGCUCAUUUAUUUUUACCAUUUCACUUUGCACUGUGUUUUUCCAUAUGCUGACAUUGUUCAGGCCGAUGCUCGGUACCACAGCGCUUACAACUGUCCUGCUCCGUGCCUUGCUUUCCUUUGAAGGAGUUUGCACCGAUCACGAUCUUUGGCAUCCUCUAACCUCCCGUUUCGACGUGAAUCUCAUCUCUGCACUGACAGAUUUGAAUUGCCUGCUUCAAGGUAAACGGUGAGCAGUACAUUUGGCUAGAACAUCAUCCAGCUUAUUUCUAUCAUCCUCGAAGACGAAGAUGCAGUGAAAUGGCUGAAGCCACGGUUUCGGAGGAUCAGUUCAUCUGUCCGGUGUGUCUGGACCUCCUGAAGGACCCAGUGGCCAUCGCCUGUGGACACAGUUACUGUAUGAGCUGCAUCACAGACUGCUGGGACCAGGAGGAUCAGAAGAGGGUCUACAGCUGCCCUCAGUGCAGACACACCUUCAGUCCCAGACCUAGGAUCAGUAAAAACACCAUGCUGGCUGAAGUGGUGGAGAAACUGAAGAAGACCGAACUAAAAGCUGCUGUUCCUGCUGGAUCUGGAGACGUGGAGUGUGACGUCUGUACUGGAAGAAAACACAGAGCCGUCAAGUCCUGUCUGGUGUGUCUGGAGUCUUACUGUCAAACCCACUUUGAGAGCCAUCAGGAGUUUCGCUCUGGAAAGAGACACAAAGUGACCAAUGCCAAUGGACGUCUGCAGCAGAUGAUCUGCCAGAGACACGAGAAGCUUCUGGAGGUCUUCUGUCGUACUGACCAGCAGUUUGUUUGCAUGAUGUGUGCAAUGGAAGAACAUAAAACCCAUGAGACUGUGUCAACUGCAGCAGAGAGGACGGAGAAAGAGAAACAGCUGAAGGAGACGCAGAGAAAGCUCCGGCAGAGGAUCCAGCAGAGACAGAAAGAUCUUGAGCAGCUGAGAGACGCUGUGGAGUCUCAUGAGCGCUCCGCACAGACAGCGGUGGAGGACAGUGAGAGGAUGUUCUCUGAGCUCAUCCGCUCCAUGGAGAGAAGCCGCUCUGAGGUGACACAGCGGAUCAGAGAUCAGGAGAAGACUGCAGUGAGUCGAGCUCAAGGACAGAUGCAGAGACUGGAGCAGGAGAUUGAAGAUCUGAAGAAGAGAAACACUGAGCUGGAGCAGCUUUCACACACAGACGAUCACAUCCAUUUCCUGCAGAGUCUUCAGUGUUUCUCGGCUCCUCCUGAAUCUACAGAAGUCAUCUCUGUCAGUUUCCUCUCUUCUUUUGAUGGCGUGAGCGAAUCUGUCCGUCAGCUGAGACUCAAACUGGAGGAUUUCUGCAAAGAGGAGAUUAAUUAUCUAUCUGUCACUCACAGUAACACUGUCCCCAGGACCAGAGAGGAUCUCCUACAAUAUUCCCAGCAGCUCACUCUGGACCCAAACACGGCACACAUACGCCUCAGUCUGUCUGAGGGGAACCGAGUGGUGACUUGCACUGGCACACCCCAGCUGUAUCCUGAUCAUCCGGACAGAUUUGAUUAUUACCCUCAGGUGUUGUGUAGAGAGAGUGUGUAUGGACGCUGUUACUGGGAGCUGGAGUGGAGUGGAUCUGUUUAUGGUGUUGGUAUAUCAGUGUCAUAUAAGAGCGUCAGCAGGAAGGGAUCGGGUUAUGAGUGUUUCUUUGGAUUCAAUGAUCAGUCCUGGAGUUUGUCCUGCUCUCCCUCCAGUUUCUCAUUCUGGCACAAUAACAAACAGACUAAACUCCCCGUUCCCUCCAGCUGCUGUAGGAUAGGAGUGUUUGUGGAUCACGGUGCAGGAACUCUGUCCUUCUACAGCGUCUCUGACUCAAUGAGCCUCAUCCACACAGUCCAGACCACAUUCACUCAGCCGCUCUAUCCCGGGUUCAACGUCUAUGGUCGUCAGUCAUCAGCAAAACUAUUAGAAGUAUGUGCAAUGUAGAGAUUUUACACUUUUAUCAGGGGUUAAAGCAAAAAAAAACUGAGCCUGAACUUUAUUCUGGGGGUUGCGUGGGGUGGACAAAAACAGAUAUUGAUUUUCCUUGAAACUAACUAGGAAUAUAUCUGCUAUUGCCAUUAGCCCUUUAUAGGCUCAGACUACAGAUAAUGGAGGGAUAUUACAGUUACACAAAACUACAGUUCAGUUCAAUUAACAACAACUGAAACAUUAACAUGUUCAAGAGCUGGUAACUUAAACGGGGUUCGU